CUUUGUAAUGAUUAAGUAUAUUCCAUUUGAUUUAAAAACUUGAAUUAUUUAAUCAUUAUGGGAAAGCUUAUUAAUAACUGGUUUUCGGCAAUUGGUAUCUUUAUCAUUGUAUUUAUCGUUUUCCCGUCAGUCUAUAUACUGAUGUUGAAAGAUAAUAUUUACAAAGCCUACGAAAUUAUGCCAAAGGAAAGUCGAACGGCCGCUGAGGAUGUUAUCAAGGCCAAUGUUGAUUCGAAUAUGGAAAUUUCAACAAAUAAUUUUUCAUUGCUGAAAAAUUAUCUAAGUUCUCAUAAAAGACAUGAAAAUGUAAAAAUUGAACAAUCUAACGUUUCAACUGUUAAACAAAAGAUUCAAGCAGAUGUAAAGUGGUUUAUUGCUGGUGAAUACGGACCUUUUGUUCUAUUUUUAACUUUAUUUGGCUUUUCUGCAUUCUUUUGUCUACCGACAAGUUUCUUCUAUAUUUACAAAAGAUGCUCAAUAGAUAAUCCUCAGGACAUGCAUUAUAAGACGAGAAAACAAUUGUACUGCCUACUAAUUUUGCUUAUUGUUUGCUUACCAAUGGCAACAAUUUCAAUGUAUACAUUUUUCUUUAAAGCUCUAAGGAGUAGAGAAGAUAUACAAUCAAAAGUUAUUAUUGAAUCUUUUCGUCAUCAGAUUGGAUAUUACGAAAUUGCCUUAUAUGCACUAUUUAUGAUGGGAGCUGGGUUUUCUUUAAUGAUUCCUUGCGCUUCUAUUUAUCUUUUACGCCAAUUAAAUCAAGAACAAUACUCAUUCGAUGAUUAUUUCGGUGAUGAUGACGUAUUUAACACUACUGUUGUGGUACCAGCUUCAUCUCCUGAUCCUGAAUCUCCAAAAGUUACAAGUCCCAAAUUUCUAAUUUCGUUUCCAGGUUUAAAUAUUAAUAAGAAAAAAAUAAUAGCUCCUCCAAGCUACAAGCUAAGGCCUCCAAACUAUGAAGAAGCUGUACUUACUCAUUAUACCUUUGAGCAAAUAGAUUGAAAACAAAAAGUAUUUCCGCUUAUCUUUCACCCGGUUGUCCAUCAUCACAGAAGCUUUUAUCUCCUUUUAAGCCUAUUUUAUCCAAGAAACAAAGACUUUUUUCAAUUAAAGAUAAAUGUUAAUUUGAUUUAUCAGCUUCUUAAUGUAUAAAUUGUAUUGAAUGAAUGUUUCUCCUUUUAAAUAACUUCACGAGAUUGACAAAAAGGUUAAUGACCGUUCAUUAAAUAUUCGUUUAUUAUAGUAACGA